AUGAAUCUCAACUACACGUCUGCUGUCCCACAACGAUCUACGUCGUUCUUUAUUGAAGAUAUUUUGUUGCACAAACCAAAACCUCUCCGAGAGGUCUUUCACUCGCCCUUUCCCAACACCUUUGCGUCUCGGAUGCCUCUUCUGGAUUAUGGAUACCCACUGAUGCCGACGCCAAUUUUGGCGCCCCAUCCGCAUCAUCCCCUUCACAAGCCGGAGCAUCAUCCAUACUUUUUUACAUCAGGUAUGCAAAUGCCAGCCUUGUUUCAGCACCAUCCUGAAUUACCUGGAAAACACUGCAGACGCAGGAAAGCCCGAACCGUGUUUUCCGAUUCUCAGCUAUCAGGGCUGGAGAAGAGGUUUGAGGUACAGCGCUACCUGUCCACGCCCGAACGCGUAGAGUUAGCCACAGCGCUAAGUCUCUCGGAGACACAGGUGAAAACUUGGUUUCAGAACAGAAGAAUGAAGCAUAAAAAACAACUGAGGAAAACCCAAGACGACCAGAAAAACUCAAGCGAAUUAGAAAACUCAUGUGAAAGUGAAAUGAACGAAAAGUGCACUGAUGACAUAAAAAAUGGGAUGAGUCCAGACACUUACAUACUGGACGAAAACGAAGACGACGUUGAUAUCGAAGAUGAGAUGUGUUCUCCUGAGCAUCUACUAUAG